CGGCCGCUCCCCCGCCGGCGAGGCCCGGCCCAUGGCAAAGCGCUCGGCCGGCGGCUGGGCGGCUCGGGGCCGGCCGCUUCCUGCCCGUCGGUAGCGGCGGGCGCAGUUCGGCCGCGCCAUGCGGGACUACGAGGAGGUGACCGCCUUCCUGGGCGAGUGGGGCCGCUUCCAGCGCCUCGUCUUCUUCCUGCUCAGCGCCAGCAUCGUCCCCAACGGCUUCAACGGGCUCUCCAUCGUCUUCCUGGCCGGUACCCCCGAGCACCGCUGCGCCGUGCCGCCCGGAGCCAACCUGAGCGAGGAGUGGCGGAACGCCAGCAUCCCGCUGGAGCUGCGCGGCGGACUGACGGAGCCGAGCCGCUGCAGCCGCUACCGCCUGGACGUGCUGCUCAACCUGUCGGCGCUGGGGCUGCGGCCCGGCAUCGACGUGCAUCUGGCGGAGCUGGAGCAGGAGCCGUGCCUGGACGGCUGGGAGUACAGCCGCGACGUGUACCGCUCCACCAUCGUCACCGAGUGGAACCUCGUGUGUGACAAUGAUUGGAAGGGGCCCAUGAGUACCUCCCUGUUCUUUGUCGGCGUGCUGCUCGGAUCGUUCAUAUCAGGACAGCUCUCAGACAAGUUUGGCAGGAAGAAUGUGCUGUUCUCAACUCUGGCAAUGCAGACCAUCUUCAGCUUCGUUCAGAUCUUCUCUACCAGCUGGGAGAUGUUUUCCGUGUUCUUUUUGCUGGUUGGCAUGGGGCAGAUCUCAAACUAUGUGGCAGCGUUUGUUCUCGGCACAGAAAUUCUUGGCAAAUCCAUUCGUCUACUAUUCUGCACGUUGGGCGUUUGCAUCUUUUAUGCCUUUGGCUACAUGUUGCUGCCACUGUUUGCCUAUUUCAUCAGAGACUGGAGGCUGCUGCUGCUGGCGCUUACUUUACCUGGGCUGCUCUUCAUCCCACUGUGGUGGAUCAUUCCAGAAUCUCCACGAUGGCUGAUCUCUCGAGGAAGAUUUCGAGAAGCAGAAGACAUCAUCCGAAAGGCUGCAAAAAUUAAUGAGGUUACAGUCCCAGAUGUAAUCUUUGACCCUAGCGAGCUGCAAGAUUUGAGUUCCCAGGGGCAACAGACAUACACCAUUUUGGAUCUAAUGAGAACACGAAAUAUCCUCACUAUCACAAUUAUGUCAGUGAUUCUGUGGAUGAUAAUCUCCGUUGGUUAUUUUGGACUUUCUCUCGACACACCCAACUUGCACGGGGAUGUCUAUGUGAACUGCUUCCUCUCAGCAGUGAUUGAGGUUCCAGCCUACAUUAUCUCCUGGCUGCUGCUUCGAAAUCUCCCCCGACGGUAUUCAAUGGCUGCUGCGUUAUUCUUGGGAGGCUGUGUUCUUCUCUUCAUUCAGCUGGUGCCUUCACAUAUUCGUGCCCUGUCUAUUCUCCUGGUGAUGUUAGGGAAGUUUGGGAUCACAUCUGCCUUUUCAAUGGUUUAUGUUUACACGGCUGAGCUCUACCCAACGGUAGUGAGAAACAUGGGAGUUGGAGCAAGUUCCAUGGCCUCUAGGCUUGGCAGCAUCCUCUCGCCUUACUUUGCUUAUCUUGGUGCCUACGAUAGAUUCCUGCCUUACAUCCUGAUGGGGAGCCUGACUGUGCUAUCGGGAAUUCUGACUCUGUUCCUGCCAGAAAGCUAUGGUAUGCCUCUUCCUGAUACAAUUGAGCAAAUGCUGCUGGUAAAGGGACUAGAAUACAGGCCUGCAUCUACUGCCAAAAGGAAUUCAAAGGAUGAAGAAGAAAAUCCAGAGAUUUUUAAGAGCACAUCUUUUUAAUGAAAUGCCUACUUCCUGAUAGACUGAAAGUUAAAUGGA